UUUGAUUUGUAAAUAACAUUUGAUUCAAAGAAAUAAAAAUAAUUCCUUAUUUAUAAAUGAAAAUGUGUAGAUACCACUGGAAUUUCAUUUGUUUUUAGAAUAAAGUACUCAACAGUUCGAUUUAAAUCUUACAAUUAUGUGGUGAAAUCUUCAAAAUCGAUUGAUUUACGACUUUUUUACAUGGUAUUGUAAUUAACAAAAUGGAAGGCAAAAAAAUUUCAUUUGGAUUUAUGAAAACAAAAAAGGAUAACAAACCUUUAAUUACUGAAAAGAAAGAAUAUAUUGAAUGUCUUGAAGAAAAGUCCAUCAAAGUUGUGGGAGGGGAAGUGAAAGCAGAAGAUAUACCAUUGAUUAUACCCAUGAAACCUAACACAUUGAUCACUGCUGAAAGGUUAAGAGAAAUUGCUGAAAAAGCUGAAAACUUUGAAGAACUAGAGACAAAGACGACAUCUGAUGAUAAAAACCUUCCAAAUAAUGAGACAAUAGACCAAAUGGCAGUUAGAGAACUAAUGGAGGAAGCAAAGAAAGACAAAGUAUUGGAAACUCCACAAUUAGUUGUGCCAAUUAAUGCCAAACCUGUUAUUGAGGGGCAAAUUGAGUCAACACUCGAUGACUAUGACUCUGUACCAGUACAAGAGUUUGGAUUGGCAAUGCUGAGAGGUAUGGGAUGGACUCCAAGUAAUGAUCAAUCCAAAUACAAACAGCCACAAUUGCGGCCUAAAGGACUUGGUUUGGGUGCAGACAAAGUGAUCAAAGAAAAUCAGAAAAAAAAGUCCUCUAAGGACAAAGAAGAAGAUUUGUCCAUAAUUAAGAAUUCAUUUGUGAGGAUUACCUCUGGCAAGUUCAGUGGAUUUUAUGGUAAAGUUUUAAGUUUAGAUGAAGACAAUGGCCGUGUAAUGGUCGAAAUAUCAGUAAAGAAGGAAACAGUCAGUUUGAGCGAAUUUAUGAUGCAAGCAGUGACUAAAUCUGAAUUUGAUAAGCAAUCAAAAGUAAUCAAUACUGAAUCGUACGAAGAAUACAAAAAGAAAGAAUCUUUUAAACAGAAUAAUUUAAAAGUAGAAGACAUAAGGAAAGACGGUGCAUCUAGUAAAAAGUCAAUUGAUGUCAGAGUUAGGGAUUCUACUAAAAUAGAACGAAGAGAGGAAGAAAGACCAAGGAGGAUUGAACAGAAACAUUCAAAUGGAAACAGAAAGAGCGUGAGUAGAGAGAGAUAUAGAAAAGUAUCUUCUAGCAGUGAAGAGGAAAGAAGCAGGCAAAGAAAAAAAAAUAAAAAAAAAUACAGUAGUAAUGAAUCGUUAACAUCUGAAUCUGAUAGCAGACAUCAAUCCGUAAGUAGAAGACGGCAUAGCAGUAGUGAUUCUUCAGAAGUAAACUAUCGUAAAGAAAAAAGUAAAAAAAACAAAUCGACGAAAGAAAAGAGAGAUAUAGAUAAGAAACGAAAAGGAAAGAAGAAGAAAAGAGAUAGAGAUCGUUCUCCGAAUUAUAAAAAAUAUAGAAAAUAAGGUUUUUACGUGUAAAUUUUACUUUGAUAUAAUUGUAAUCAUUUUAUUAAAGAAACAUUUAAUUUU